UUCCACCUAGCAGUCGGAGGACGGUUGCUUGGUAUUAUUAGCAAGCGGGAAGUAUGGCGGUGGCGCGCGUCGACGCGGCUUUGCCUCUUGGAGAAGGAUCAGUGGUCAAUUGGUCAGGACAGGGGCUACAGAAAUUAAGUCCAAACUUACCCUAUGAAGUUGAUAUUCAUACUUUGAUUCUGGAUAAAAAUCAGAUUAUUAAAUUGGAAAAUCUUGAGAAAUGCAAACGUUUAAUACAGUUGUCAGUGGCUAACAAUCGGCUGGUACGGAUGAUGGGUGUGGCCAAACUAACCCAACUUCGGGUGUUAAAUUUGCCUCAUAAUAGCAUUGGCUAUGUGGAAGGCCUAAAGGAGCUAGUACAUUUGGAAUGGCUGAAUUUGGCAGGAAAUAAUCUCAAGGCCAUGGAACAAAUCAAUAGCUGCACAGCUCUUCAACACCUUGAUUUAUCAGAUAAUAACAUACCCCAGAUAGGUGAUCUAUCUAAAUUGGCAUCACUGAAGACCCUACUUUUACAUGGAAAUAUCAUCACCUCUCUUAGAAUGGCACCUGCUUAUCUACCCAGAUGUCUUGCUAUACUUUCUUUGGCAGAAAAUGAAAUCCGGGACUUAAAUGAGAUCUCUUUUCUGGCAUCCUUAACCGAAUUGGAACAGUUGUCGAUCAUGAACAAUCCUUGUGUGAUGGCAACACCUUCCAUUCCAGGGUUCGACUAUCGGCCAUACAUCGUCAGCUGGUGCUUAAACCUCAGAGUCCUAGAUGGAUAUGUGAUUUCGCAGAAGGAAAGUUUAAAAGCUGAAUGGCUGUAUAGUCAAGGCAAGGGGAGAGCGUAUCGGCCUGGCCAGCACAUCCAGCUUGUCCAGUAUCUGGCUACAGUCUGUCCUCUCACUUCUACGCUGGGUCUUCAAACUGCAGAGGAUGCCAAACUAGAGAAGAUUCUGAGCAAGCAGAGGUUUCACCAGAGGCAGUUGAUGAACCAGAGCCAAAAUGAAGAGUCGUCUUCUCUUGCUUCUGUUGAAACAAGGGCAUCCUUUGUACCGGAGCAUUCCAGCCCCAUUCAAGAUUGCCAGGUAGUCCAGGAAAGUGAACCCGUCAUCCAGGUCAAUUCUUGGGUUGGGAUAAGCAGUAAUGAUGACCAUUUAUAUGCUGUUAAGAAUAACUUUCCAGCCUCUGUACACACUACAAGAUAUUCUCGAAAUGACCUGCACCUGGAAGACAUCCAGACAGAUGAAGACAAGUUAAACUGUAGUCUUCUCUCUUCAGAGUCUACUUUUAUGCCAGUUGCGUCAGGGCUCUCUCCAGUGUCACCUACAGUUGAGCUGAGGCUGCAAGACAUUAACUUGGGCCUAGAAGAUGAUGGUGCUGCAGAUGAAUCUGUGAAAUGUCCGGAAAACAACAGCUUUGAUAAGGAAGGGGAAAAGGCUUUUUGGGCUGCAAAUGAGAAUUCUGUUGAGAUGACAAAAAGUGCUAUUAGUACAGAGGUAAAUGAGAAAGAUGGGCUAUUACCUUGUCCUGAGCCAACAGUAACCAAUGCCUUCAUAAAGGAGGACACCCACAGUCUUACAUCUUUUCCUGAGUCAGUUGGACACAAUGUCUUCCAUAUGCAGCCAGACAGUGAAGAAACCAUGUCUCAAACAGCUUCAGAGAAACUUCCUUGCAGGGUUUUAACCCACAGAUCUCUUACUCCGGGACAAAAUAAAGUUGCCCUUCAGAAACUGAAUGAAGCAGCCACCAAGCUUCAGGCCUAUUGGCGGGGCUUUUAUGCCAGAAACUACAACCCACAAGCUAAAGAUGUACGCUAUGAAAUCCGGCUGCGCCGGAUGCAGGAGCACAUUGUCUGCCUAACUGAUGAAAUAAGGAGAUUACGAAAAGAAAGAGAUGAAGAACGUAUUAAAAAAUUUGUACAAGAAGAGGCUGUCAGAUUCCUUUGGAACCAGGUAAGGUCUCUACAAGCUUGGCAGCAGACGGUGGACCAGCAUCUAAGUUCCUGCCGUCCUAUAUCAAGUACUCUGGUGCCAUCUAACCCUCCAUUAUUCACCCAAAGUCAGGAGCCCUCUUCUGAUCAAAACUCUGAUUGGUUCAUUGCUCCUGAUGAAGCUCCUCAAGAGAAAUCCUUACCAGAACUUCCAGACUCUGGUUUUCAUUCCUCCUUAACAGAACAAAUUCACUGUUUACAGGAUUCUUUGGAUUUUGAAAAAAGUUCCACAGAAGGUAGUGAAAGUUCCAUAAUGGGGAAUUCCAUUGACACAGUCAAACAUGGCAGAGAGUCAGAUAUAGGGGAUGUUAGUGAAGAACAUGGUGAAUGGAGUAAGGAAGGCUCAAACAAUGAGCAGGAUAAUAGUCUGCUUGAACAGUAUCUAACUUCAGUUCAACAGCUAGAUGAUGCUGAUGAGAGGACACAUUUUGAUGAAGGGACGGGAGAUAGUAAGCUUCACAUAGCUCAUUCCCCUGAAAAGUUAGAUGUCUUGUCUGACAGUGCUUCUGUAGAUGACACUCAUUGCGUGUCUCCUACUUUGCAAGAUGAAAUCAGUCAGACACCAGAGAAUUGUGAAUUAAAUGCAGAAGUUCAAGGGCCACAGUCAGAAUGUAAUUCUACAUUUCAGGUAUUGCAGGUUGGUAUUAUUGUGUAGCACGUCUGGUUGUUUGGGAAGCAGAAGUCCACUUAAUUUAAGAAUAUUUUCAGUUGGCUUUUUUUGGGAAAGAAGAAUAUUUCUCCCCAUUUUGUUACUAUUUAUAUAGAAUUUAUAUUCUUGUCUCACAUUUUCCACAUCUUAGGUACUAAGCUGAAUCUUCAUUUUGACUUAGUUAGCUUUUUACUUAAGCUGUAAUGUAUCAAACAAUAUUCAUAUUGAAAGCCACAUGCACCUUAUUAACAACUAAAUUGAAUCAACAGUGUUCCUGUGUUUUUAUGUAUUCAUUUCCUUUCAAAAAUAGACUAGAAUACCUUAAAGAAGAGAGAACAUUUUACCUUAAAGAUAUAAAUAAGAGAAUUUUAAUUCUUCUGUAUGUGAGGAAAUUAAUUAUGUAGUGAGGAAUGCAGUUUGUUAUAGUGAACAUAAAUGACAAAUGUAAGGAUUGUGAACUACUGAAAUUUGCCAUCCUCCUUGGAGUAAGAACAUGUGUUUUUAAGCCUUUUUCCUCCCUUAUGAGUCAAGGGAAGCCUUCUUGUAAGCAAAUAGGGAGAAGAGGUAAGAUUAUAUGAUUUUUCAGUGGGAAUGAUUAGAUUGUCUCAUGGAAAACUUUAGUUAAUGCCAUGUAUCAGUUUUAACAUAGGAAGCAAAGUGUUCCAUCCAGAAUUAAAGUCAAGCUUAUUUAAAGAGGCAACACAAGACUAUUUCUCUUAGGUGUAAGCUCCAUUCACUUGGAAUAAUGUCACAGCAAACAUUUAUUAUCUUUUCAUUUAGUGAUUUUUUUACCCCAUAGAUAAGCACUUAUGUGCCAAUAUAUUGCCAGAAAUUAAUGUUCAUUUUCUUUGUUCCUGCUUUAUAUUUGCUUAUGAUUUUCAGCAGAGGCCCAUGAUCAUUUACUUCACUCUUGAUCUCUGCCUUAUAGAAAAGAACAUUUAAAAUAACACCAGUGGUAGAAUAUGAAUGACAUUUUUUAAGGACUAUUUUCUAUCUAAAUCUCUGAAAAAGUGCCACAUUCAGAAGACAGUUUAAUGGUGGUAAAGAAAAAAUAAACCUCAUUUAUUUCUUUACUUAUUAAAAGAAUAUACGUCUGUAACUCCAGGAAGAAAUGAUAAUAUCGUGUUUGAAUGUUAUAGACAGAUGCAUUCGCAAAUCAAGGGUAAUUUUUGGAAUCUUGAUAUUUUAAUCUUUGAGAAUGUUCUGAUAUCAUUGAACAACAUAUAUCUGACUUCCCCCCAAUCUAUGGACAUACAGUGAUUUAAAACUAUGGCAAUACUUAACUGUUCUCUAAAUUUAGGUGCUAAAUAUGUAUUCAUGAUUCAGUUACAGUCACUAGGUCCCCUUCUUUGAAGUUAUAUAAAAUAAAAGCUGGUCCUUCCGAGAAUAAAGUCAGGGAUCACAUGUUAUACUUUGUUGAUGGUUAGAAACAUUUCUGCAGUAUGGGUUAGAUGCAUUUUUCUUGGUUUAUAAACAUGUAGCACUCAGGUUGAGAAGACUUGGAUUUCAUUCUCAGAAAUCCAGAAUCUCUUGCAAAGGAAAUAUUUUCUGUCUCAUAAACAAAAUAGCAGUCUUACAUUCAAAGGAUUUUCCCUAGCAAAGCAUGUAUAACAUUGAAUGCAUGUUAAAUAAAAGUAGAAUUUUUAACUUUUUGAAUAAUGCUAAUUAUCUUUUAUGAAUGAUUUUGAAUUUUCUUCUUAAAUCUACCCUAUUUUUCUAUUUUACAGUUAAGUGCCUCAUUUGCUGCCCAUAGUUAGACAAAGGAAAACCAACUUGCACUGCACUAGUACCAAAGUGCUGCUUCAUGGUACAUUAAUUUCUCAUAAAAGCUCCUGAAAUGUUGUGGUUCAGUAUUACCUAAGUAGGUUUCUCCUGACAUCUCCUCCCUCUUUUUUUGAGAAAUGGCAAAACACAACUGAAUUCAUUUGAACAUCAGCAUUUGUCAGCAAGAUUUUCUUUUUUACCUUUGUGUUGUUUUUUUUUUUUGUUUUUGUUUUUUUCCUUUUUGCGGUAUGCGGGCCUCUCACUGUUGUGGCCUCCCCCGUCGCGGAGCACAGGCUCCGGACGCGCAGGCUCCGGACGCGCAGGCUCAGCGGCCAUGGCUCACGGGCCCAGCCGCUCCGCGGCAUAUGGGAUCCUCCCAGACCGGGGCACGAACCCGUAUCCCCUGCAUCGGCAGGCGGACUCUCAACCACUUGCGCCACCAGGGAGGCCCCCCUUUGUGUUGUUUUUCUAGCCCAUAAAUGGUAUUCAACAUACUUUUAUUUUGAAAUUGACAGAAUAUGAUAAUGACUAAUACUCUGCUGUAUUUAACUUCACUGGUUUUGAAGUGCAAGAAUAUUAAGUAGCCCCCAACCUUAACUGUACAGAUUAUCUUGAAUGUAAAUAGGAUGAAAAUAAUGUAAACUACACCCCCAGGCUAGACCUGGCUGGCACAGUGUACUUAAAAUAAUUUAUUUAACUAAGAUAUUUGGUUUUAACUCUGGGCUAUUUAUUGGUCUGGCUGAAGAGGGAACGGGCCUAGUAAGGUUUGAGAAGUUGAGCUUUAACAGUCUUUGUGUUUUUCUAAUAGGAGAGGUUUAGAUCAGCUGUGCUAUUUUAGUUCGGUUCUCUUGAUUUAUGGACAUUCAAUAUAUCAAUUAAAUAUUCCUUCAGAAGCACAGAAUCAUAUCAUGUGAGAAUUAUAAGGAACCUUAGAGAUUGUCUAUUCUAAUCUCUUUGUUUUAAAGAUGAAACUAAAGCACAGAGAACUUAGACGACUUUUCUGAGGUUAUAGCUAGUUUAUAGAAAAAAAACUGUGGAAACUUAAACGUUAUUGUAUUCCAAAAUUUUAUUAUAUACUUUCCAUUAUUCUUUACAUUUAGUAAGUCAGUAAGAAAGUCUCUACAUAUUUUUCAUUCCCUUUGAAAGAGAAAAAAUACUUCUAAGAGAGCUAGAACUCUACCACUCAAGGCAGAGUUGCUUGUAGAAAACAACUGAUUCUUUCAGAACCCUAAGUGAAUUUUCUCCAAGAAAUGUGAUUUGAUUAAAAUGGUUCUUAAAGAGUAACGCAGUAGAAACUAACAUUUUGAAAGAAUAACUGCAUCUUGGAGUCUAUUUUUUGAUGACAAGAAGUAUAACAGAUUGCUGAGAUAUAUAAAAUUUUCUAGUGAGAAGCUAGUUUGAUUAUAUUUCAUCUUCAGUUUUACAGAAUAACAGAUGUUAAAGUUUUAACUCUCCUGAUGUACAGAAAGCUUCAAUCAUGACAGUUGAUAUAUAAACAAUACAGUUUGGUUUUUAUAAAUUCAAUUAUAAAAGGCCUUAUAAUAUGCAUGUUUUUAGGAAAAUAUUUAGCCACACAGUUGUUAGUAUAUAUGCAGAAUACUUUAUUCGUGAAUAAUGUGGGUGCCAUUCUUGAGUGUGGAUUUUUCUUUUAUUUUGUUUUGGAUUAUUUUAAAUAUACAAACAGCGUAAUAGUGUAUUUUUCUGUUAUCUACUUAAGACAGGUCUAGUUCCACUUUUAAUAAGUAUUUUCAGAAACAAUAUGGACUGAAGAUAUCAUACUAUCUCCCUUGGUCGUUUUUUGGGCAUCAAUUCUUAGAGUUGGAUUUAUAACAAUAACAUAAAAUAUAAAAAUUUUUUUUUCUGGACAAUUAAGACAUAAAAAGGGAAAAUAUAAAAUAAGUCUGAUCAA